CGACAAAAGAAAAUCAAAGCAGGCACUGUGCACAAAAAAAAAAGAAGAAUAAUAUGAGCGAGUGAUGUGUUGUAGUGAAGAGACAUCGCCACGAUUCAACAGCAAUUAUGAAAUGUAUAUGAUAACGAUCUCACUUUGAGUCAACAGGAUCGAGAGAGCAAUCAAUCACCACCAAGUUUCCUGUACGCACGAUGCCAGGCGAAACAUACCGAGUCUUCUGUGUCGGAACCGUCGACACCAAGCUCGAUGAGCUACGAUUCCUUGCCGGAUCAGUUCGAUCAAACAUCGGCGCCUUCUCCACCAACUCAUCUUCCAACAAGGUUGAGGUUGUGAUUGUGGACGUUUCGGCCAGUCCUGAUCACAAGGAGGUAGAUGAAGUUGCAGACUUUGAAUUCGUUAAUAGAGAUCAGCUUCUAUCAUACUCUGAUGGAUCAGCCAAACUUCCCGAGGAUAGAGGCGAGGCAGUUGCUAUCAUGAGUAAAUGCCUCGAGACUUUUCUUAAGCGUGCCUUUGAGGAUAACUCUCUCGCUGGGGCUAUUGGCCUCGGCGGGAGCGGAGGAACGUCCCUCAUCUCUUCCGCUUUUAGAUCUCUCCCCAUCGGGGUCCCAAAGUUCAUCGUCUCCACCGUGGCCAGCGGUCAGACCGAGCCUUACGUUGGAACCUCCGAUCUGGUUUUAGUUCCUUCCGUGGUUGACGUCUGUGGUCUCAACAGUGUUAGCAAGGUUGUGUUUUCAAACGCUGGCGCUUCUUUUGCGGGUAUGGUUCUCGGGAGGCUUGCAAGCUCCCCCGCGGCUCCUGGUGAAGAAGAUGGGAAAUGUACUGUGGGUAUAACUAUGUUCGGGGUGACGACUCCAUGUGUCAACGCUGUUCAGCAGAUAUUAACGAGGCAAGGUUAUGAGACGCUUGUGUUUCAUGCAACGGGCGUCGGUGGCAGAGCGAUGGAAUCUUUGGUUGAGCAAGGGUUUAUACAGGGAGUUAUGGAUGUUACAACGACCGAGGUUGCGGACCAUGUAGUCGGAGGGGUGAUGGCGUGCGAUAGUUCCCGUUUCGAUGUUAUCGUUGAGAAAGGGAUACCUUUGGUCUUAAGUGUAGGGGCCUUAGACAUGGUGAACUUUGGUGGGAAAGAUACUGUACCUUCUCAUUUCCAAACUAGAAAGAUUCAUGUUCACAAUGAGCAGGUGUCUCUCAUGCGAACAACAGUAGAAGAGAACAAAAAGUUUGCAAGGUUUAUUGCAGAUAAAGUGAACAAAUCAACAACAUCAAAAGUGAGGGUUUGCCUUCCAGAGAAAGGUGUGUCAGCACUGGAUGCUCCAGGGAUGCCUUUCUGGGAUCCAGAAGCCAGUGGCACUCUCAUAAAUGAACUGCAAAGUCUUAUUCAAGCAAAUGAAGACAGACAGGUUAAUAAAUAUCCACACCACAUCAAUGACCCUGAGUUUGCAGCGGCAUUGGUUGCUUCAUUUCUCGAUAUCUGUCCGAAAACCAACGCACCCCGCUCUGAAACGGCUUCCACUGGAGAGCCUGAUGUGCCUAAGCCUGAAAGGCUUCCAUACAGUCCCAAAAACUUCCCCAAUGCAAAACCAGAAACCCUGGAACGAACUCAGAGCAUUUUGGGAAGGCUAAGAGAACAAAUAGAGAAGGGAGUGCCAAUAAUAGGGGGAGGCGCUGGGACGGGAAUAUCAGCAAAGUUUGAGGAAGCUGGUGGGAUUGAUCUGAUAGUGAUAUACAACUCUGGACGUUUCCGGAUGGCUGGAAGAGGAUCUUUAGCUGGCUUACUUCCAUUUGCUGACGCCAAUGCAGUCGUCCUUGAAAUGGCUAAUGAAGUUUUGCCCGUAGUGAAGGCGGUGCCUGUUCUUGCUGGGGUAUGCGCUACUGAUCCAUUUCGACGUAUGGACUAUUUUCUGAAGCAGUUGGAGUCCAUUGGGUUCGUUGGGGUCCAGAACUUUCCAACCGUCGGUCUCUUUGAUGGUAAUUUUAGACAAAAUCUUGAGGAGACCGGAAUGGGAUAUGGGCUGGAAGUUGAGAUGAUCGCAGAGGCGCAUAAAAUGGGGAUGUUGACAACUCCAUAUGCGUUCAACCCAAAAGAAGGAGAAGAAAUGGCGAAAGCAGGAGCUGAUAUAAUAGUAGCACACAUGGGUCUAACUACAUCUGGAAACAUCGGGGCAAAGACCGCAGUGUCGAUGGAAGAAAGCGUAGUUCGUGUGCAAGCUAUUGCAGAUGCUGCUCGUAGAUUCAACCCGGACAUCAUAGUGCUCUGCCACGGAGGUCCGAUAUCGGGACCAGAGGAGGCAGAGUAUGUGUUGAAGAGAACAAAAGGUUGUGUACAUGGAUUCUAUGGAGCAUCAAGCAUGGAAAGGCUACCUGUAGAGCAAGCUAUAACAGGCACUGUUCAAAAGUACAAGUCCAUUGCAAUGAAGUGAAUAAAUAAGUAAGUUCACAUUUAUGUAAUUUUGUGUGUUUCCUCUUUUGUGUAUUGUGGGCCGUUUGUUGCAUUUGGUUUUCGUUGUGAUGUGACUGCAGAGUCUUUUGGUUGCCCUAUGCUUCUUUCUCUUUUCUACUACUAUCUCUACUUUUGUAACGGUGAUUUUUCUAUAUUUUUCGAAAUAAAAUAAAUCCGUUUCCAUCA